GCAUCCAUUACAUCGUGCCCUUCUCGGCGGGUUUACUACACAACUCUGGGUUGCCAUGUUGUCACAUAAGUAGGUACAUAUGUACAGAGUAGUAACGUAUUGCCCGUGCUAUCAUCAUCUGUGUUUGGAACUCACAUAAUUAGCCCCCAACCAUCUGGUAAGUUAACUCCGUCGUGUGGAGAAGGAUCGAAUGACCACAUGCAGUGCUACCAUUUCCUUGACUCAUUUCCUUGACUCACCUAAACCUCGAAGCUCUAUCCCUAUUUCUUUUGCCCCGCUCCCUUCGUCAGGGCCUGAGGGGUUGUACUUGGUCGUCGUUCGUACAGCCGCCGCCCGAAUGUCUCACAUCUCGUUCUGCUGCCGUUCUCCUAUUCUAUUAGACCGACCUCACCCGUACAACUUGGAUUCAUUCUUUCCUGUACAUCGAAGUCAAUAUGGCGGCCUCACGGCACAUCUUUCGAGACUAUCCCAACCCGACCUUCCUUGAAUCGGCUGGUGGAGUCGUCUUUGAUCCUACCCGUACCAAGAUCAUCAUCCUGUACGCCAUUGAACAGUCCGAGUUCGUUCUGCCGAAGGGUCGACGAGACAUUCACGAGAGUCGCGCGGCGGCGGCGAUGCGAGAGGUGUAUGAAGAGACGGGACUCCAGGCCGAGAUCCUUCCGACCUGCAUGGAAACACGUGCGACCCCAAGUCUCGCCAUGUUCAAGGCUAACAACCAGCUGGUGGACGACCACGACCCCAGAACGGUGGCAGAUGUGCCGAACAUCCCGAGAAGGGUUGAGCAGUGCAAAGAGCCGUUUUGGUUGUGCGUCAGGGGGCCCAACGGGAUGGGGCUUAAGCUCAUCUGGUGGUAUACCUGCAUUGUCAAAGACCAUCGCUGGGGAAGCUUUACGGUCGAUCGGGAUGGGAAAAUGUAUGAGACGGGGAGUGAAUACAAGUAUGAGGUCUUUAUGCUUGAUAUCGACAAAGCUAUCGAAACUUUGACCUUCCAAGGGGAUCGAGACGUGGUUAGAAAAGCGGUCGAGAUCAUGGACGGGAAUGGUUCGGAAGGGCCCGAGGACAAGAUAUCCAUGGCGUGCCUGUAAGAUCACUGUUUCGCAUCGUUGCAUGUAAUACCAUUAUCAGUCCGAUUGGCAGCAUUAGCGGUAGAGUAAAGUUUUCAACCUUAGAUAAUCAUCCGUAUUGACGAAAAGCCUGAUACGAAGGAGGAAGAAGAGGGUAGAGAACGGUUCUGAAGUUGCUACCAAGCUUGUUCACUGCUAGUAAACAAUAUUAGAAUCUCUUCCCAGU